AAUUUUUAUUCAAGAUACACCAAAAAAACUUUUCUACCAUACAAGUUCCAGUUUUCCAUUGUCUUUUACCGGAAAUACGUCACGAGUUUUGCUGAAAACCUCCCGCGGUUUAGUUUACUUGGGCUUCAGCUUAUUUAUUUAUUUUCUACCCAAAAGGGCUUUAACUUAAACCAUUUUCAAUGAAUAAAACAUGUAGACCAAAAUCAUAAGUAAUAACGCGAAAUUUAAAAAUGAUUCAUGUCUUUUUCCGAAGAAACUAGAAGCUCCGAAUUUGAUCCGACGAGGAAAAAGGAAUCAGUAUUUCUAAUUAGCGGUUAUUUAGGGCCGGAAGUGAGAUUGCGCAAACUAUUUACCGGGUAUUUUAUUUCAUAUGUUUGCCAAGACCUGUUCCUCAACAUUUUUUCGUUGUAGUUAGGCGUAUUUAUCCAACAGUGAAAGGUCAUAAUAAUCUGGUAUAAUCGCUUACCAGUAUUAUAGAGGCUGCAUCGCUCUACUCAAUAACUCUCCACAAAAUGACCAACUACUUGAGAUACCUUCGUGCUCUACCAAGCUUCAUUUAUGGCGUGUUGUGCUUUAGUGCAAUAUUAGUUUGGGUUGUCAUCGCUACCCUCACACUACCCUUUUAUUUCAUUUUCCGGCUUUUCAAGUUAAUCCAAAGCAAUCUAGUCUCAUAUUAUGAUCUAGGUAAGCUUCUGGCUUAUAAAGACGUGCCAUUUCUACACGAGAGUGAGAACAAUAGGAACUUCAUUAACGGCCUAUUCGUCAUCAAUGGCACUCCUGACAUUGACCAACUCCGUGAGCUUCUAAUGGACAGGGUUAUAUUAAACAGUGAAGAGCCGAGUUAUUUGCGCAUGCGCCAGAAGGUGGUCAAGCAGUAUGGACACUAUGUUUGGCAAGCCGAAGAGGAUUUUGACAUUAAGAAGCACGUGAUGUUUUCCGACGGUCCCUCACCCUGCACAGAAGCUGAACUACAACAGACUAUGAGCAACCUUGCUUCUGAACCGUUCCCUGAAGACAUCUCCCCGUGGAUCUUCGUUGUGAUGCCGCUCAACAUGGGAAAGGAACAGUUUGCGGUUUGUAUCCGCAUUCAUCAUGCGCUGGGAGAUGGGUUUGCGCUUGUGGGACUCAUUGCUCGUAUGGUAGAUCGUAAACCUGAGCUUCUCAGGGUGCAAAAACCCGUGCCUACUCCCUGUGAUAAACAAAAACAAGUAUGGAAGACUGUACUGACGGGUCCCCUUGCUCUCCUGAGCGUCGCCUUGGCCAUGUCGACUAACAACCCUUUCCUGUCCAAAAACAAGUUGUCAGGAGAGAAGCUAUUCAGCUGGACUAAGCCUAUUAGUAUGGACUUGAUCAAAGAAAUUAAAACCCGAACUGGUACAACAGUCAACGACGUGUUAUCAGCCUGCAUUGCGGGUGCCUUACGACGUUAUCUACAGUCAGAAGGUCAGCAAGACCCCAAUGACGUCCAGAUCGCCGUCAGCAUCAACACACGGUCCCCUAACAUCUUGUCCAAGGAUAACAUCCCCUUAGAGAACCACACGACUGGUCUACUGUGUUCUCUACCUGUUGGGAUAGUGGACCCCAUUCAACGCAUCUACGAGACCAAGCACCGCAUGGACGACAUGAAGGCUUCCUCAGACUGGAAAAUAUUUGGCUUCAUAUUCAACUAUGUAGUUGGAACACUUCCCGAGUGUAUUGGUAGGUUUUCAUCGUAUUCCCUCAACAAGCACUGCUGUUUGAUUCUCAGUAACGUCCCUGGUCCGCUCAGUUCGCUCGAGUUGAACGGCAGCGAGAUUGAAUCGGUGAUUGCUUGGCCACCUCUGAUGAGCGACACCAGUAUGUCGAUGUCAGUGUUUAGCUACGCCGGGUCACUGCGCAUGAGCGUCAUGACUGACAAGGCGGUGAUGAGUAACCCGAACAAACUGACCAAGAUGUUUAUUGAUGAAUUUCACGAGAUGUAUAAUGAGUUGACAUCCAUGAAAGCUAAACAAUGACAAACGUUGAUCGCUAAUAUUUAGAUUAUUAUUUUCAUAGUAGAUAUUUAGCACUUAACAGAAUGUUUUGCAAACUUGGGUUCUUUAUCACAAUCCUUUUACUCCGCGGCUUACUUCUCUUGCUCUGGCUGCCACGAGUGUAGAAUGAUCAUGAGUGCAGGCGCUUGUGGCUUGGUGUUCAAUCAAGAGAAACACUUGUCAGUCAGAGUACUAGCUUGUAUGCGACUGGUUCGUAUAUAGGAAACGUAGACCGUUGGUGAAGUCGCUGGGUAUGUAUAGGAAUCCUUGUGAGGCUAAAGGCCCUGUUACACGUUAAAACUUGAAGCUGAUUCUUGUGUGCAACGAGGGGGGUGUUAACGGCGCAAUAUCGUCCCUAAACUUGUUCGCGACACAAGUUUCGGUUGCACUAGUAGAAAGCAGUUUCACUUUUCGUGAAACUUUCUAGCGACGAAAGUUUCACCAAGCCUAAAUUGCGGCGUCUAACACGGAUAAGGGGGGGGGGAGCUUACGUUUCAGAGGCUCUAUCGCCCAAGAAGGAACCUAAAUGAAAAAUCCUUUGGCACCAUAGAUUUCUUAGGAAUGCAAAUUUUAUUUUAUAAAUUAAUUCUUUGAGGACCACGAGUUUAUAAGUAUUGUAUACUAUUUAGUGUUUAUCCUCUAUAAAUAGAAUUUUCUAUCUUAACUUUUAUUUGAAGAUUUUCUUGAUAUUAUUUGCCUUGAAUUAUUUCGUCAUCAGAGGAACAUAUCCAUUAAAUACUAUUUAUUUGAUUAUAGAUAUCAUUGUGAGUAUAAUUUGAUGGGUUGAUUCUGUCUCUUAGCUCGUUCAAUUGCGGGGACCUUAGUAUCAAGUCAAGCGGGUUUUGCGCGACUUGCUAAAACCUGUGAGCGUGUCCGCGCACUUUGAUUGGCUAAGUUACAAAUAACGUCACAUAUUUUAACAUUAUGGCAACGUAGGGACAUUACUAGUAGCGAGGUUAUUGCUAAUGGCACAAAAUCGUGAAGCUCGUUUUCGGAAAUAUUCUAAAGGAUAAUUUAAAGAUUACUGAAAUGUGUUAUUAUUAGCGAUAGGUUAUAAUUAAAUGGUAACUCAUAUUCUUUCUCAAAUCAUGCCUCCUGAGCGGAACUCACAUAUUGCGCAUACAAUUUCAUUUGAGAUUUUUAGGAAUAUCAUCCAGAUCCAUAUUAUGAUUUCCUUAUUUAAAUUUAAUCAGUAAAAUGUAUACUUUAUCAUUGUGCGCACAAGUCAAUAAAGCCAAAUCCAUCUGUAA